AUGACAGGCAGAUACUCGGUCGACGACUUGCUGAGACUACGAGCGUCGCCUUUGAUCGAGAAGCCGGCGAACAUAGCAGAAAUCCAGGCCACAAUCAACACACCAGCCGCUCAAGAGACUACUAAGCGCUUUCCUGCGCGGCCUACGAAACUCGACGAUGUUCUGUCACCAACAGAGGCCUUCCAAAAGCGUCCAUUCGAUGCUACUUCGAGGAAGUCCGCUACAGACCCCGAACGCAUAGUCCUCGGCCCACCACGAAGAUCAUUCGCCUCAUCGACUGUUCGCACAAAUGGAAAAGACGGCGAGGAUAGCUCACGCGAGAAAGACACACAGUACGAGAAGCUGAAGAGUAGUGAUCGCUUCAGGCACGCUCGAGAUCAGGAUCCUAACGACAAAAAUCUACGACGCCGGACUGAUGACCAUGAUGAACGACCACGAAAACCAAAAUGGGCAACAGAAGACGGCGAUGACACGCGACGCGAUUCACGGCCGAGCAAGAAAUUUGAGCAGACAUGGUCUAGAUGGGAUCGCUCGACUCAUGAGAAUGCCAAAGACGGUGACAAUGAGUGGCAACGUGGUGGCGGUAGGGGUUGGCAACAACGUGAUCGAGAGCCUCAGAACGAUUAUCAGCCGGAGUGGCUCGAUGGUGACGACGAUGGCGCUGACGAUAAUCCCAUGGGCAAGACACAAGCCGACUUCGAGCUCUGGAUAAAGAGGCAGAAGGCCAAAGAUCUAGGGAUCGAGCUGCAAGACGAGCCGCCUCCAGAGCCCGCCCCAGCACCCGAACAAUCCAUAAAAAAGGCACCUCAGUUCUACGAUGGGGAGGACGCUACGAUGGACAAAUUCUUCGCACGCGCGACUGAGAAAGCUGCCGAUAGUACCGCACCAAAACCUGCAGCCAAGAGCAGAUUCUUUGGCGCGGCUCCAAUCAACACUCAACCGUCAGCGGCAACAAAUCCCACAAAUCCUACACCUACACCGCAGCAGGCGUCCGCCCCAGCCCUGAAGCCCGUCUCGGCAGGUCCAAAUCCUGUCCAACAAAUGUUCGGACUCUCAAUUCGCGAGAAAAUGUCACCAUCUCCAGCUGCAAUCGCCGCUGCAGGACCCAAAAGUGCUGGCGCUGUCGAUGCCGACGCUGCUGGAUUCGCUCGUAUUAUGGACAUGUUGGGUGCGAGGAAGACCAACGGCUCGUCAUCGUCACAGGGCCCGCCCCAGCCGACUCAGCCAGCUCAACCUCAGUCGCCACAGCAGCCCACUACUCAGAGUCGCGAGAAUCGAGGCCGUGUUCCGCUGUAUGCUCGCGACUCUCAAUCGAGAGCAGAGACGCCUCAGGACAAUUCCUCACCAUUACUUGCACUUCUGAAUGGACAGGGCCCGCCUCGCCAGCAAGAUACUCCGCAACGUCGCUCGACCGCCCACGAACGCUUCGAUGCUUCAAGGUCGCCCUUGGAGCCUGUACACGGCCGUAGCGUCAGCACAAAGGAUCAGUCGCUGCUCAAUCUUCUCAAGCAGGCCGACCAGGCACCAAAGCCCACCCCAGACCCCGAAAUGCAUCCUCAUAGAGCUUCCGACUACAACAAUCGAAUGGCCAUGGCUCGAAAUGAGAUACCACCUGGUCUAGACAUGCAUCGUGGCUAUCCUCAAGCCCCUCCGGAAGAACACACCCGCUUUCGAUACCCUGACGACGAGCGCAGCCGUGCGAUGUAUGAUGAUUACGUUGCGGAUCGAAUCCUCGGAGCGAGCUCGAAGAAUGGACAGAGUCACGGUCAUGGGUUACCGCCGACUUUACCUCUCGGGCGGCCUCCGGGCUUCGAUUCGGGGCGUAUGCCUCCUCCAGGCUACGGCCCACAGAUGUCACAGCAGCCACGGCCACAACAGCAGCAUAACAUGCAACAAGGAGGAGGACGACCACAGGGUCCGCCUGGUCUGUCCAAUCCAGGACGACCUAACAUUCCGCCUGGAUAUGGAUUGCCGCCACAACAAUCACUCGAUCCAAGAUCACAACCGCAAAACGGCCAUCCACCGGGCGGGCCCCAGCGCAAGUACACUGGCAGUGAUGCGAGCCUACCGCCGAUGAUGGGUGCACCGCCUCCCGGAUUCCAUGGUCAUAAUGGCAACGGACCACAGGGGCCGCCCGGGCUGAUGGGCAUGCUUGGCGGUGCUGCUCAACAGCAGCAACAACGAGCCAGCUAUCCAGCACCAGGUAUGCAUGGAGCGCCAGACCAUCAGGGUCCGCCAGGUAGGCAGUUCAUGGAUAUGUACGGUAGCGGAGACAUGCCACCUUUGUCCGGGCCUGCAUCCAAUGGUCCUGGAUCUGGGCCUACGCCCCGCCAGACAGGUGUUAGAGGUGGUGCGCCGGGAUAUCGCUAG